GAAUAAAGCAUGGUUGUCUGUCUCUUACAAAAUUUGGGUUAAUAUACCUUUCCAUAAACUGAUCCAUCUUGAGAGAACGAGAUACAUGCGCUAAAUUGAAUCUGAAUCAGGACUGCAGAGGCACCGUUCCUCUCAGGCCAUGAGGCUGGAUCCUUCACCUAUCGCUGUAUUAUUAAUUCUAUAUCACAUUAUAGGCUUUUGCAUAAAAACUCCAUGCAUUCCUACACGCGACGCUGUCAGCGACUGCCGAGAUAAAUCGCAUUCAGGUGGAAAAUCAGGAGCUAGAUGUUCAAGCAGGAAUAACGAGAAGCGUUUUUGUCCCAGCCCUCUUUUUUCCCUCCCAUACAGACACACGACCCCCCUCCCGCACUUCUGUCUCUCUUUUCCAUCCACUCUCUUUUUUACAACAAACAUGGCCGCGAAAUCAGACGGUACAGCCGUUUCUUUGCAGAAUGACAUUCCGCCGACGUGCCUUCCCGAGCCGGAGAAGCGCUCGCCCCAGUUGCGUCCCGUAGGGAAGGAGUAUUCGCUCCUGGACUGCUGCUGGACCCUCUGCGCCCUCUUGGUCUUUUUCUCGGACGGGGCUUCAGACCUGUGGCUGGCUGCCGACUACUAUCUCAGGCGGGACUACUGGUGGUUCGCUCUGACACUCGUUUUUAUCAUCAUUCCUUCUGUUGUGGUGCAGGUGCUUAGCUUCCGAUGGUUUGCGUACGAUUACUCGGACUCCAACGGGAGCGGCACGGCUGCGGCUGCUAUGGUAGCGGCGUUCAAUGCGGAGAGCCACUUCAGCACCAAGGACAGCGAUCAGCGGGGCGCUGGCCGCUCCGCUGCGGUCACCGGAACCCGGAGCAGCGCUGAGAGCUGCUGCAGAGCCUGCGUGUGGCUCUUCCAAAGUGUCUUGCACGUUCUUCAGCUGGCACAGGUCUGGAGGUAUGUCCAUGCCUUAUAUAUGGGCGUGCAAAGCCGCUGGCAUGGGGACCGCGAGCACAAACACUUCUACUGGCGCACGAUGUUCGAGAAUGCUGACAUCAGCAUGCUGAGGUUGCUUGAGACCUUCCUGAAGAGCGCACCUCAGCUUGUUCUGCAACUCAGCAUUAUGGUCCAGACCAGCCAGGUCCUCCCUUUGCAGGGUCUGUCUGCUUCAGCCUCACUAGUGUCUCUGGGCUGGAUGAUGGCGUCUUAUCAGAAGGCAUUACGGGACUCUCGUGACGACAAGCUCCCCAUGUCAUAUAAAGCAGUGGUGGUGCACAUGCUGUGGCACCUGUUCACAGUGGGAGCCCGCGCCAUGGCCUUCGCCCUCUUUGUUUCCAUUUUCCAGCUCUACUUCGGCAUUUUCAUCGUGGCCCACUGGUGCGCAAUGACCUUCUGGAUCAUCCAAGGUGAGACGGACUUCUGCAUGUCCAAGUGGGAGGAGAUCAUCUACAACAUGAUGGUAGGCAUCAUGUACAUAUUCUGCUGGUUCAGCGUCCGUGAGGGCCCCACACGGUGCCGUCUGCUGCUUUACAGCCUCAUAAUCCUGGGCGAAAAUGUGGCCCUCACUGCCGUGUGGUAUAUAUACCGCAGCCCACGCACUUCAGACUUUUAUGCCGUUGUAGUGGUGUGCGUGGUGGCCUGUAGCUAUGCCCUGGGCACAUUUUUUAUGUUUGUCUACUACUGCCUUUUGCACCCUGAUGGCCCUGUGUCUGGGACCUAUAUUGGAUGUUGCGACGUCCAGAUGGGUGCUGUUUCUGAUCCUUGUGUCUCGUCGCCCACCUCCGCUCCUCCUCCUCUGGAUGUGGUGAGCAGCCCGCCGCGGACUCUGCAGAGGACUAAAGGAGGAGAGUCAGUACCAGGAGGAGAUGUUGGAGAAGUGUUUAAGAUGCGGACCCUUAAAGCCUCGCGAACCGCUGCGCCUCGCCUCACCCCAAGGACAGAGGGGCCGGUAAUUCGCAUCGACCUUCCCAGGAAGCAGUACCCAGCCUGGGAUGCACACUUCAUUGAUCGCAGGCUGCGAAAGACCAUUUUGGUACUGGAAGCUGCAGCUCCGGUCACUCCAAGGAUCCAGUACCGCUGUCUAGGCACACCGAAGGAAGUGAUGGAAUAUGAGACGACAGUCUGAGAUGUUUUACCUUCUCCAAAUAAAAGAUGUAAUGUGUUAGUGAGCAGAAAAGUCAGUUCUGUCUAGCUUUAUUUGGUGAAGAAGAAGAGUUUGUCAGAUCUCCACAUGACCCCCUAUUGACUCUUGUCAUCUGUGGAAGCACAUGAGACACUAGUGGUUAUUGGAUUAGGAGGUUAGGCAGGGGUCUGACCAAAUUAAUGAGGCCACGGUAAAUCUAUAAUGAGCAAAACAACAUAUCAUUGUGGUAGAUUAACAGCAAUGGUGCUUAAACACCGUUUCAAACCAUUCUAGGUGUUUUUAAAUCUUUCGUGGCAGCUGCCGUAUUCAACAAAUACUGAAUCCAUUUGGUCAUAAUUCAGUGGGUAUUGAGGUUGUAGUAGGUACAAGUAAAAUGUGUGAGUUGUCUCAUUAAACGCCUUAAGACUUUCUAACAUUUGGCUAUUCAGCAUCUGAAAGGUGCAUUUCACCCUGUUUAAAACAUUAAAGGUGUCCUAUUAUGCUCUUUUA